UGAGGUCUGUGCAGGCAAUACUGACGACCAGUCGAGUCUAAAGUCAGCGGGGGAUAAGCUCCAGCUUGUCAGGAUACAUGCAUCACUUGCUCCACGGAACAACGGAAUACCACGUUGCUCUUCUUCUGAAUACAUGUGCGCAAAAAAAGUUGUGCAUGUCAAGUUGAGUACCAACAAAGACACACUCCUUAGUAUGGACACUGACAAGAACAAACCAGUAAGAGAAAGAAAAAGACACCUAAAGUUUCGACUGGAAUGCAGAUCAUGUCAAGCAUCCAGCACUGAAGGGCUUUGUUUUGAAGAAUUGUCCCAGUGGUCACACUCCCUGGAGAGACUUAUAUCAUCAAAAUAUGGAAUAAAGAUAUUCCAGGCUUUCCUGAAGUCUGAGUUCAGUGACGAAAACAUGGAGUUUUGGCUUGUGUGCGAGGAAUACAAGAAAAUCCGAACUCACUUCAGGAUGACAUCCAAAGCAAAGAAAAUCUUCAAACAUUACAUUCAGGCCCAGGCACCAAGAGAGAUUAAUAUUGAUCACAAGACCAGGGAGCAGAUCAGACACAGCCUUAAGGCAGGUUGCACAGGGUGCUUUGAUGAGGCCCAGAGGAUCGUCUACGGGCUUAUGGAGAGGGAUUCUUACCCCCGCUUCCUGAAGUCAGACAUAUACCGGACUUUUCUGGAAUCUGUAUCCAAAUCCGUGACAAUGUAAGGACCUUGUCUUUGGCCGUAGACUUUGAGCCUAAAUGCCUGUCUUCCUGAUGGAAGCUGAGCGUCGGUACAAUGGAGUAUGAGGCAAAAACCUGCAUACAUGGGUCCAUGAACUCAUCUUUGUAGUUUGGACCGGAACAUAAGUAUGACUGGUGUGGUAAGGCAUAUUGAAAGUACUGGUUUGGAACCAGAUGGGGUGAUAUACAUAAAUGUGUUGUCAGUCAAAUCAAAGACUAGAAGAUUACACAUAAACACACCAGGUACUGCACAUUCCCAACACUUUAAACCAAAGAUGCAAGUCUAUGUUACCGCCUUGAUUGUACUUCACUGGUAUGUAUACUUAUCUUUCACCUUCCAACAUAAAGAGAAGCAUCAUGUGAAUAAUUUAGUGUUUGGAAAGACAUCUUUCAUUUUUCAUUUGCAAGCAAUAUUGGGAGUAACACCGUUAUUGUUACUAAUGCUGUUGUUGUUUUCCAGUUGUAUGUAAUCAAAUUAAUUACUAUUUCAAACGUUGCAACACUGCCAGAUGUGGCAACACUGUACAGUGGAACCUUGGUUAGCAUCAUUAAACUGUUCCAUAACCAAAACAAACUGUAACCAAAUCCAUUUUUUUCCUACAAAAAUUCCACGAAGCCAAAACAGUUAGUUUUUGUUUUACAAUAUUUGUCCAAUAUUUUUCUUGCAAUAUUUGAUGAGUUGGGACCGGCCAUGUUGUUUGGUCUAGAGGCAGUGCCACUGAGGAAAAGACAGGAAACGAAACUGGAGGUAGCAGAGAUGAAGAUGCUGAGGUUCACAUUGGGAGUGACCAGGAUGGAUAGGAUCAGGAACAAGUACAUCAGAGGGACAUUACAUGUUAGAGGCCUUGGAGAUAAAGUCAGAGAGGCCAGACUGAGAUGGUUGGGACAUGUCCAGAGGAGAGAUAGUGAAUAUAUUGGUAUAUUAUUGGAGGCGACUGAUUUGCUGUGGCGACAGAGAAAGAAGAAAGAAGAUUUGAUGAGUCGGUCCUAAUCACCCACUCAGGGUAGAUUCUGUCUUUUAUUGAAUCCCAUCAGCUUGUAUAAGCUGUCCUAAUUAAAAUAAGUCGGUGGCAAAUGUGUAUUUUUUAAAAUGGCAAUAAAGCUUUUACUCU